GCAUGUAAGAGCUCCAUCGGAGAGAGAAUCGGCAAAGAGGUACAGCGCGUGAUCAUCAGCAGCAGACACAAAAAAGCGCUUGCACUUGGGACUUUUGCGAUAAGAUUGAAAGAAGUCUAACAAUACGCUUUGCGAGCAUCCCUACUUAAAAGUCUCACACUCAAAUCAAUCUUCCAACACCUUAAAUCUAAAAACAGGGACUUAAAUCAUGCCUCGUGGAAAUUGGUUUGACGGAAUCGAGCUGGAGGAGCUCUCUGCAACGGGUCGUUGUUUUGCGUACGUUCGAGACAAAAUGCAUAAUACCAUCGUCCAUGAUGAAGUCGAGAGCUACGACAUUAAGCAGGCUUAUCGCAUAAACAACAAACACACUUGGCCCCUUUAUGUAAAAAGAAGGGCGCAAAUCAGCCAAGAUCUGGGUGGAAAAAGGGUGACGGAGAAACGAAUUUUUCACGGCUCACCCAACGCUUUAGCGAUUGCCAGUGAGGGAUUCGACCGCGGAUUUGCAAAAAACAGUGGCAUGUUUGGAAAUGGAGUAUAUUUCGCUGAGAAUUCGUCAAAGAGUAACAAUUACGCAUUCGGCAACUUCAAGCCAUGCCAACCGCACAACAAUCGGCGAUGCCAAAUUUGCAUACGACGAGUUCUGAUUUGCAAAGUGGCUGUGGGCAGAGUUUACAACACGACCGACACCAUCACGUCCCUUCCGAGCGGGUUUCAUUCUGUCCGGGCAGAGGCUAAAAGUGGAUUUCUUAAAUUCCCAGAGUACAUAAUUUACAACGAUGAUCAAGUUUUUCCGAGCUUUCUGAUUGAGUACACCACCAAUUACAAGCAAGGAGUACCAAGACCGUUCUCUGCUCCGAAUCCCCUGCGGCGGUCAUUCAAUCGCAGAAAUGGUCAAUCUGCCAGCAAUAAUGUUGAUCCCAGUGGCAUUUUAUCAGUGAUGUUCCCUAAUCUCAAUCUCAAUUCCCCUUGACAAGGUUAAAAAAAUGAAAUGACACCUAAAUUUGUACUCAAUUUAAGCAACUCGCAAGCUCUCUGAAUAGGUUCUUUUUGUAAGAAAUGAAUUAGGAAAAACAUUUCCGUACUUUUCACAAAAUAUUUUUGCCGAUUCAUUAUAUCAUAUUUCAAAUAUUUGAUUUCAUGCGAAAAUAAAUUUUUAAAAGCAAAUUUUUUAAUGUUAUAAUUAGAAGUAUCAAAAGCUGAUAAUUUUCUUGGACACAUAUGAUUUAUGAUUUUGUUAAAAAAAUUUAAUAGAAAAUAACCUGGUGUAUUUUUUGGAUGUCUGUAUUUAUUAUUUUGAGCUGAUUUUGAGGCUCAAUUUUGAUUUUAAUUUAAAGGCCGCGUGAGACAAAAUGCCUGUGUAUGCCAAAAAUUGUUAAAAGUUCACUGAAUGUCUAACAAUAUAAGCAAUGUAAAAUUUUGUAUUAAAAAGCUAUUUUUAAAUAAUAAAGACGCUAAGUGUUUUCUUGUAAUAU